GACAUGCUCUUCACGACGGAGGACAGGUUCGACACCCGCGAGGAGCAGGAGGCGUACAUCGUCGAGUGGUGCAAGCGCAGGGCUGGCGUGGACCUCGCCAAGCUGCCCAUCCGGCUGCACUGGUACGAGGCGCGCUUCGUCAAGCAGGUGAGGAGCAUUCCCGCUGGGCGAAGUGUCCACCAGCUGGCGCCGGAUACGCCGCGAGACGUGCUCAUCCUGGAGGAGCCGGAGCACCUCUGUUGGUACCACAACGGGCAGAGGUGGCCAGAGCUCUUCAAGCACGUGGUGGGCAUAGUGCACACGAACUACCGGGUGUACCUCGCGGCCAUGGGCUACGACGGGUUCCUGGGCGCCCCCACGGUGCGGGACAGCAUCUUCUUCAGCUUCACCUCCCUGGUCUGCAGCGCGUACUGCGACGUCACGAUCAAGCUCUCCGCGGCGGGCGUGUCGCUGCCGAACGAGGUGACCUGCAACGUGCACGGCGUGCGCGACGAGUUCCUCAGGAUCGGCAGCAAGGCGCACGCUCAGCAGCGGCGGGGCGCCGCGGAGGAGGCGGCGGUGUACUUCCUGGGCAAGGCCGUGUUCCCGAAGGGGUGGCGGCAGCUGCUGGACCUGCUGCGCAGCGGCGCGCUGGGCGACGCGGGCGACGUGCGCAUCGACGGGCGCCUUCUGGGAG